GCCCUCACGUGACCGCCUCGCUCCUCGCCCCGUCGAGAUGGCGGCGCCUGUGGAAGAGGAGCAAGCGCUGCUGGACGGGGACUCGUCGCCGGAGCACGAUGGCUGCCCUGCGAGGAAGCCGAUGUCGGCCCUGUGCGACCCGCAGCGGCUGGCUCAUCGGAUGCUGGUCCUGGCGCUCAUGUGCUUCCUGGGCUUCGGUGAGCAUAAAGCGAGGCUCCCGCCGCUGCUCCUGCCCCCUUUCUCGCCCGCGACUGGUCUGCAGUUAAGGGGGCUCUUGGGGAGCGUGGUGGGAAAACCUGCCUUGGGGAAAAACAAAACCAAACCCCGACAGCUGCUUGAUCGUGGGGCCGGCAGGGCGGCGCGAAGCAGAUCUUUUUCAGGAACUAUUGACCUUUGGGGAGUGAUCUUGGGAACGUGCCAGAAAAUGCUAAUUUUCUUUACUGUGUGUUUCAGGGUGAAGCUAGACCCCGCCCUGAGAACUGGGGUUUUGCGUUUUAGAUUGCAAAAAGAAAAAACAAAACUUGCAUUCCUGGUGUUCUUUGCUGAUUGCUGUGCAAGCACCAGAAUGGGAAAGCAUCUAUAUGCCAUGGGGAGGAAAAACCCUAAGCAAACAGGGAAGUCAAGCACCCUGUGGUUGAUGACUCGCUGAAGUGGAGUUUCGCUUUUUAAAUUCUCCCUACGUAAGGAUUUGUAGGAGGCGGUGGAAGCUUUUAAGCAUGUAAAGAGGAUAUAGAAAACUACUUUCUGCUGAGGCAUGCAUUUGAUUGGUCUCAUUCAGUACUGGUUAUGCCAGCCUUCUCCCAACCUGGCAUUCAAAUGUUUAGAAUUACAACUCUUAUCAGUGCCAUCCAGCCUGGUCCUGCUGCUGGAGUCCAGCUAAUAGUCAUGCCUGAGUGAGGCUAAUCUGAGUUAUAGUUCAGAAGGUCUGGAAGUUGCUAGGCUGGGGAAAGCUGGCCUACCCUUCUGACCAACUUCCCUCCAGGGUUUCAAACCGGGAUUCCUCCUCUCCCUGCUUAGAAAUUUCAGGGAUUGAAUCUGGGCCCUUACACAUACCCUUCCAAUGAGAAACAUUACCUGUUGCUGUAAGGCUGCUGAAUUUUGAGAAGGGAAGGGGAAGGUGGAGGUGUAGCUGCUCCUUCUGUUGCUUCUCAGUGGACAGAAAAUGGAGGGCAUCUUUUCUCCUGCCUCCAUUGUGGUGGUUUGGUAUGAUCCAAAAUGUUUACCAUUAUUGCUAUUAAUACAGCUUUUCCAGGUUACUUUAAAAGGGAGGGGGGAGUUCAUGUUUAAUUUUGUUGUCUUACUUUUCCUGUAUAGGCAGCUAUUUUUGCUAUGACAACCCCGCAGCGUUGCAAACUCAGGUCCAAAAGGUGAGUGAUGUACAGAAUAUCUGCAGUAUGGUGGAUUUCCCCCUUUUCCCUCCAGAGAGGUUACCUUUUUAGUCAUACGUUAGAUGACUAGCAGUAACUGAGGGGGGAAAAUUGUGCUGAUUUUGCUUAAAAAAAAAAAGGACCUAUAAUUAAACUGAUUGCUGUUUCACUCUCUGGUAACAAAAAACAUUAUGGCUAAAUACGAUGUGAUUUAUGUGUUAGGUUUGCGUUUGUUUGGCCAUGAGUGCUAGAGGUUGAUGUUCCCCACAUCGCACUUCCCACCAGCCCUGAUGGGUCUUUCCUGACAGACUGUGAAGGGUGACCCAGGAGUUUAGAGGGGUGUGGUAGUGUACAGGCAAUGAGCCCCCAAUGUAGACUUGCAUGGUGCUGUAAUGAAAAAGCAUUUCACUGGAUAGAUGUUUCUCUAUGAAUGUGUCAUAACACAAAGUGGUGUCAAAAGAUAGUAAUUCUUCUGUGUGCUCUUCCUUUUAGGAUAUGAAGGUGAACACAGCUGAAUUCAUGGCACUGUAUGCCUGGUAUUCUUGGCCCAAUGUGGUUCUCUGUUUCUUUGGAGGCUUUCUGAUAGACAGAGUCUUUGGAAUAAGGUAACUGUGUAACCCAGGGGUCAGCAACCUUUUUCAGCCGUGGGCCGGUCCACCAUCCUUUAGACCAUGUGGUGGGCCAGACUAUAUUUUGCGGGGGGAAAUGAAUGAUUUCCUAUGCCCCACAAAUAACCCAGAAAUGCAUUUUAAAUAAAACGACACAUUCUACUCAUGUAAAAACACCCUGAUUCCCAGACCGUCCGCGGGCUGGAUUGAGGAGGCGAUUGGGCCGCAUCCAGCCCCCGGGCCUUAGGUUGCCUACCCCUGGUAUAACCCAUCCAUCUCGAAAGUAACAACUUGGUCCACGUUUUGCUUAUGCCCAAAUAAUGUGAUGUUUUGCUAAUAUUUGUUUAAUUUUUUCAAAACGCAUGUGAGGAGAGUGAUGUUGCACUUGGCUCCUCCCUUCCCACAUGGCAUCUAGUUGGCCCUUGUGAAAACAGGAUGCUGGACUGGGUGGCUGUUGGCCUGAUCCAGCAGGCUCUUCUUACAUUGGAGUUUUGCAGGCUUGUCUCCAGAGAUGCAGGAGAGUUUUAUUUCAGUCCUAGUCAACAAUAACUUCAACAUUAGUCAGGUUUUGUAUAGGGACAGUUUUGUGUAAUAAGUUAGCCAUGUGAAACUCCUUGACAGUAGAACUUCAGGAGGCGUCAUCUCUGCUUUCAGGUGUCUUUUAGAAACUGUUGCUCAGACAAGCCUUUAGAACAUUUUUUUUUAAUCAAUCAGUUUUCAUUGACGUGCUAUUGAUAUUUUUACUAUAACCAUUGUAGCAUUGGAUUUUUUUUUACCCUAACCCUUUUUAUAUUUUCUAGUUGCAAAUAUUAAAAUAAGUAUUUUUAAAGUCUUCAUUUUCUUGCAGGUGGGGCACAAUAAUAUUCAGCACCUUUGUCUGUAUUGGACAGGUGAGUGAAACAGAUAAUAUUCAUGUACUUUUCAAUAGCUAAAUACAGAAAAAUUAAUGCUUAUGUCCCAAAUAUGGAAAAAUAAGUGCUUACUGUUUAAUCUGCUUUUUCAGUGUAAGAUUCCCUAACAUUGCAAUCGUAUACAUGUCUACCUAACUGAGUUCAUUGGGGCUUACUCCUAGGAAAGUGUGUAGGAUUGCAGUCUGAAAUAUAUGCAUAUGGCAUGGCUCCAACACUUCAUUGAAAUGUGAUAUGCAUUCCUUUUUUUACAGGUGAUUUUUGCUGUGGGAGCAAUAUGUAACGCUUUUUGGUUGAUGGAAGCUGGCAGAUUUGUAUUUGGGUGAGUUCACACCUCGGCUGUGUCUCAACAUUUGCUAUAUACCCUCUCUCCCUCUUAAAAAGCAGGCAGCCCAUACGGAACUAUAUGUUGAAAAAUACCCUGCACUCUUGCAUCUGAACAGCUGGAUUAUUUGCCUUUUGGUUUUCUAGUUCUUGCGUUAAGAUAAAACUUAUAUAUCAGCAUGGAUACAUUACUGUCAUUAGAAGGCCGGAGUUUCAUCCACGUUGCUUCAAAUAUCUGUAUUCAUGAACUUUCUUGCUUCAUUUAGGAUUGGUGGAGAGUCCUUAGCAGUGGCGCAAAAUACCUAUGCUGUCAGUUGGUUUAAAGGAAAAGAAUUAAACCUUGUGUUUGGACUGCAACUCAGCAUGGCUAGAAUUGUAAGUCUAAAAACAUUUUUUGUGUGUGUUCUAAUUUUAAUCAUUACUAUCCCGACAUUUGUCAUCCAUCAGUGUCAACCUUUGCUUGUAAAGUGGAACUUGCCCAUCCCCUCUCUGUGUCUGACACUCCCCCCCCCCCAAAUACGCCCAAAAAUGUUGGGAGACCCUUCAAAACAGGUGGGUGGGUUUCAUUGCAGGAGAAGGGGAAGCCACUUGCAUAACAUGGUGAUGGAUUUUCCUGUUUAGUUCUCUCUAUGCACAUUAGAGUGGGGAGAACAGUUCUUAACUAGGGACAUAGGGAUUGUUCUGCUGGGGAACACCCAUUGAGAUUAAUGGGCACGACUAACUUAGAUAUUUAAAUUAAUUUCUGUAAAUCAGAUACAGUGGUACCUUGGUUUAAGAACAGCUUAGUUUAUGAACAACUUGGAUUAAGAACGCUACAAACCCAGAAGUAGGUGUUCUGGUUUGUGAACUUUGUCUUGGAAUCACAUGUUCCACUUCCUGUUGAGUGUAAAUUGAGUCCCCCGCUGCUAUGGGAAAGCAUGUCUUGGUUUAAGAACGCUUUGGUUUAAGAACGGACUUUUGGAACGGAUUAAGUUCUUAAACCAAGGUACCACUGUAUUCAAAUAUAGAUCUUAUUUUAAGGUUUUUUUUGGCCUAUUUGUAAAAUUGGUUGGAAGUAUAUGUUACAGUUGCAGAUCAUCUCUCUUCCAGGGGAGCACUGUCAAUAUGAACAUUAUGGGAUGGGUGUACUCCAAAGCUCAAGAUUUGAUCGGUUCUACGGGUCACACCACUCUUGGCAUAGCUCUCUUGAUAGGUUAGUAAAUGCUUUCAGUAUUAACUUUGUACGAACAUUUUGGUUUCCUCUUUGAUGAAUUGGAAGAUUGUGGGUUGUUAGACUCAGAUUAGACCCAUUAAAAUCAGUGGACUUGCGUUAGUAAUCACUAACUUAAUGUCCCAUGAUUUCAGAAGACCUUCUCUGUGUAUGGCUUAAUUGGAUAAAACACUAAGGCUUGAAAUUCAGUUCCAACUCUGUAAACCCACUUUUUUAUUGUAAACUACAAAGUUAAAAGCUUCAGUUUGAGGCUAGAUAAUGAGAGCAAUGGAGGACUUUCUGAUCUUGACAUCAGAAAGGUUGCUACCAUGGAAUCAUUUUAACUCUAGAUCUGAGAGAAAGAGAGAAUCUCUUAUUUGCAUAUUGCAUAUCUGCUGCUGUCUGGCACCAUACACCAGGGACACAGGUGGCGCUGUGGUCUAAACCACUGAGCCUCUUGGGUUUCCUGAUCAGAAGGUUGGCAGUUCAAAUCCCCACGACAGGGUGAACUUCCGUUGCUCUGUCCCAGCUUCUGCCUACCUAGUAGAUCAAAAGCACACCAGUGCAAGUAGAUAAAUAGGUACCACUGUGUCAGGAAGGUAAACGGCGUUUCCGUGCGCUCUGGUUUCCAUCACAGUGUCCUGUUGUGCCAGAAGCAGUUUAGUCAUGCUGGCCACAUGACCCAGAAAGCUGUCUGUGGGCAAACGCCGGCUCCCUCGGCCUGAAAGCGAGAUGAGCACCACAACCACAUAGUCGCCUUUGACUGAACUUAAUCGUCCAGGCAUCCUUUACCUUUUUUUUCUUUUUUUACCUUUUAUACAAACUGACACAAUGAAAGCAAGGCUGCAUUACAGUUGCGGCAUAUACAUAGCCUUUGGUGAACUUUUUCAGGGCAAUAAAGAUCGAACGAUUCAGUAGUUUACACAUGACCUGCAGCAAGUGGUGAUGCAGCUGUUUCAAUGGUUGAAUAACGAGUAGAGCAUCUUUACCAAACACUGAAUUAUUUGUGCUUAAUCUGUGGUUUGCUCAGCACUGAACUGCACAAACAUUUUAGUAAAAUCUGGAACUCCUUUCCUUUUAAUUUGGCAGAAGACUUGCUUUUAUUCAUUUAUGUGUGUUUACAGGAUAUUCAUAAAUAUAAUACUUAGUAAACUUUUGUAAAUAUUUGUAUUUAUUAGUAUUUAACCAUCUGACACCUUGGUUUAAAAUAUUAAGCUGUUUUACGGCAAUUAAAAUAGAAAUUAAUUAGAAACACACUGGAUAAUUGGGAAGACAGCAUUAUGAAUAGCGUUGUGUGAUGACAUAACUCAGAUUCUCGGACUAGAAUGGUUCUGUGUUAACUGUCUUUGUGCUUCAUUGUAAGUGCCAAGCCAUGCCAAGUUACAAUGAUGAAGCUCAUGUUCUCUAGCUCUGCUAAUGAAGGGACUGAGUCAGACAAGUAUGAAUAUCACUCAAAUGAUGUCACAGCUAAAUUUGUGAACUGUCUAUAUUUCUCUAAAGUACCUUGAAAUCUUUCUUGGAUGAAUGGCAGUAUACCAAUGUAGCAGUUAGUGAUAAAAGUAGUGGUAUUUAACGCUGGCUGCUUCACCCAUGUAAGUCAUUGUUUAAUUAUACAGUCACCAGAUAAUAACAUGAAUGGAUUUUACAAUUCCGUAAAUGGUGAGUAGCUUCUGCUGGUAACACUGAAUUUCUCUGCAUUGCAGGCGGUGUGUCAUGUAUCUUUUCACUACUUUGUGCUCUCAUUCUUGGUUAUCUGGAUAAAAGAGCAGAGAAAAUUCUUUGCAAAGAGCAGGGAAAAACUGGUAAGUGGGUGUCCGGCUUCAAUAAUGGAACCUUAGGCUGCAGUCCAUAGUUUUUGAAAAUGUAUGUAUGUACUGGAGGAAGCAGAGACGAUCUUUUUGAACAUGUUUUCCCCACUUGCCAGAAUGCAUGUGUAGGUUUCCCAUAACAUGAUAGGAAAACUCAAAACUCAUUUUGAAGUGACCCAGCUUCACUUUUCUCACGAUUCUAGAGUUUUUUCCAUUGAGAAACUGCAGCUUCUGCUUCCCACCAGUAAAAAAAACAGCUAGAAUUAGUCAAUGACGGGAAAUGGGUUUUGCUGGUUUUAGUUGGCCUUAAUAUAGAAAUGAUUGAGUUAAAAUAGCGGAACUGAUGUUUCUCUUUUCUCAAGGUGAAGUGAUAAAAUUAACCGAUGUGAAAGACUUCUCGCUGUCCUUGUGGCUCAUAUUUAUUAUCUGCGUUUGCUACUAUGUGGCCGUCUUCCCUUUCAUUGGACUUGGAAAGUAAGUGCAUGCUUUGACAAAGACAUGCCACUUUGUAACUUGUUGCAAAUGUUUGAUAUACCUGAUUAUUAUUAUUAUUUAUAAAAAACUGUUUAUGUUUUCUGUUGUUUUGAUUUAGAACGUCCCCUAAAAUGUGUUGCUGUUCUGGUGUUGUAGGCUGCUUUGGGCACCUCUGUGUAGAAAAGUAGCCUAUGAGUUGAAGAAGUAGUAAUUCCACUAGCAACACUCGGAGGCCCAAAGAGCUAUAUAAGGCAGGAAGCCAAAUAAGGCACUCCAACCUCUUGAAAAUCUUUCUCAUCCACCCUACUUUUUCCUGGCUCUGACGUGGCACCAAAAUGUGCAAACACGUGCAUUGUAAGUGUGCGCCCUGUUUUUAUGGCCUAGAAGUUUGCCUAACUUAAGCAGAUGUUGCCGUUAGGUUUCCGAGUUCCAAAUUUUGUGGCUCUAGAGUGUUGACUACCAAAUUGGAACAUGCAAGAAGAUCUGGGCGUGUGCCAUUUCUAUGACAUAUUCCAUUUUUGGUUCAAAAUCUUCUGAGGCAAGGCUUGAGGAAGGAGUCAGUGUGUCAGUUUGCAAAGUCUUGCUUAGGGGGUAUAUUUUCUUCAACUAUGUAAUCUGGUUCUGCUUUGACACUAACUUUCAGUUCUGCACUUAAAACUCGGAUAUUCUUCAGAAUCUAAUAAUUAUUUUAUUUAUUUAUUUAUUUAUUUAUUCAUUCAUUCAUUCAUUCAUUCCCCGCCCAUCUGGCUGGGCUUCCCAGCCACUCUGGGCGGCUUCCAACAAAAUAUUAAAAUACAGUAAUGCAUCAAACAUUAAAAGCUUCCCUAAAAGUCUUCUAAAAGUCUGGUAGUUGUUCUCUUUGACAUCUGGUGGGAGGGCGUUCCACAGGGUGGGUGCCACAGCUGAGAAGGCCCUCUGCCUGGUUCCCUGUAACUUGGCUUCUCGCCAUGAGGGAACCGCCAGAAGGCCCUCAGCGCUGGAACUCAGUGUAUACUAUUUGAUACUCUUGGAUUAAUCUUUUAGGGAGCAAUCCUAAGUACAAGGAGCCGGCGUAUAAAGUUGCUGGAGAUCCAAACUCUGAUUGUCCCACCCAGAAUGUCUCACCUUUUUUGUAUUUACAGUGGCCUUAGUUUGGCCAGCUUUAGCUCAGGCAUCUGACCUCUGGCUGAACCAAGACGAGCAAGUUAUACCAGCAUGUCUUCAGCGGAGCCAGGUUUGAGGACCUAAUGCCAGUUGAGCCAGAAACCGGCUAGUAGAGCUGGAGAUCCUCUACAUCCUAAGCUUCUCAUGCCAACUCACCUUGACAUAGGAUUGCCCCCUAAAUGUCUAAUGUGGUGCAUGUUCUAGUUAUCUCCCACUUGGACUACUGCAGUGCGCUCUACAUGGUGCUACUUUUGAAGGUGACCUGGAAACUACAACUAAUCCAGAAUGCGGCAGCUAGACUGGUGACUGGAGCGGCCGCCAAGACCACAUUACAGCAGUCUUGAAAGACCGACAUUGGCUCCCAGUACAUUUCCGAGCACAAUUCAAAGUGUUGGUGUUGACCUUUAAAGCCCUAAACGGCCCUGGUCCUGUAUACCUGAAGGAGUGUCUCCACCCCCAUCAUCCAGCCCGGAUACUGAGGUCCAGCUCCGAGGGCCUUCUGGAGGUUCCCUCACUGCAAGAAGUGAGGUCACAGGGAACCAAGCAGAGGGCUUUCUCGGUAGUGGUGCAUGCCCUGUGGAACGCCCUCCCAUCAGAUGUCAAGGAAAUAAACAACUAUCUGACUUUUAGAAAACAUCUGAAGGCAGCCCUGUUUAGGGAAGUUUCUAAUGUUUAAUAGACUAUUGUAUUUUAAUAUUUUGUUUGAAGCCACCCAGAGUGGCUGGGGAAACCCAGCCAGAUGGACAGGCUAUAAAUAACAAUAAAUUAUUUUUAUUUUUAUUUUGCUCCGUCUUGCCUUAAUUUUCACCCCCCCUCCACCCACUUUUCAUUUCCAUUAAAAGCCAAGUGACACAACCAGGGCUUAUUUUGGGUCAGAGUGUUUCUUCCUAGCAUCAAUCUAUGAGUAACGUCAUGUCCAGUCUACUUCAUACUGCUCUCACAGCUUCCUUUUCUGGGGAGUAUUAGCAGAUAUUUUUUGUAUACAAUUUCCUAUUCCUCAUUACUUAAUAAUCAGCAGUCCUCUUUCAACAGAGCUUUUCUUAUUGUGGCCUAGUUACGAACCAGCACUAUUAGAAUUGCAGGCUGGUUUUUCCCCAUAGUUAUUGUAAAUAGGUAUAAGAUCGUAAAACUUUUUAUAUGGAUUUUUACAGGGUUUUCUUCAUUGAGAAAUUCAAGUUUUCUCCUCAAGAAGCAAGUGCAAUCAACAGGUAAGUGUUGUCCAUUUAAGUAAAAAAAUAAAAAUAAUUGCAUUGCGUGUAUUUUUUCAGCUCAAGAACCUUGACUUUGAGCAGUGCACCUAAAGCACACACACUUGGUAGGAUAAAAGAUCAAUAAAAGAAACGGAAUAUUUGCUCUGAAGCAUAUGUAUGCAGUAUACAGUUACAUACUUGCAGCAUUCCUUCCCCUUGAAACUUCAGAUUUCUUACUUAAAAAGGUAAAUCUCUAGCCGUUGCGAUUACAGAAAAGUGUGCUGAAAACAAUACAGUCCUUUCAUGUAGAUCGCUUCCUUAACCGCCUGGAAAUGGCAUGAUCUUCUAAGAUAAUAUAUACUAUAACGAAAAUGAAUAGAAAAGAUGCAAUUUAAAAUGUAUUUUCUUUGUGAAUUGUAAUUCCACCUCGCCUUGACUGCUAGCGUAGCUUUUCAGUGGUAAUUCGAUUUUUUUAUAAGAGUUGACCAAUCCAAUGAAACUGCCAUGAAUUUAUCAAUGGGCAUGACUGCAUAUCAGAAUAUAUCAGGUCUAAAAAAUAAUUCAGGAGCUGAAUUUUUGCGGGUGGGGGAAAGAGGAAAGUCACAUCACACUGGAAAACCCAGAGCGGUUGUAGCAUUUUGUAUCAUGAUUGCCUUGCUUUUCUGAAAUAACUUUCCUUUGUACAGCAUUGUCUAUAUCAUCUCGGCACCCAUGUCCCCUGUCUUCGGAUUCCUGGUAGACAAAGUUGGAAGGAAUGUCACCUGGGUUAUGUGUGCUGUAGUGAUUACUCUGGCUUCUCAUAUAAUGCUGGCCUUUACCUUCUGGAACCCCUGGAUUGCCAUGGUAGGCAUUUACCCCAACUUUAUUUUAUCUAAUGCAGUAAGGCGCAUUUAUAAUCAUCUCCCACAAUAAACCGCAUUUCAUGCAUUAUAUGGGAUGUAAAAUAAUGGAUACUUGUGUGUAGCCCUGAUUCUUUCCUCCCAAGGAUGCAACAUGUACGCCAGAAACUAUUUUUUUAUGGCAGUGCAGGCUGCUUUAGGACAUUAGUAUACUCUGUAAGAAUUUUGGUACUCAUCAACUCGGCAGCUGUGCUAGAUGUCAUUUGUUGGGCGUUGCACGCCUUGUACACUACAUUAUCUCCUUGGAGGAGCUUUAAAUAUGCACACGCUGUUUCAACUUCAGAGCAAGCUAGUGUAAACAUCCCGUAAAGGGUAUAGGGGCCCCUGACCAUUAGGUCCAGUCGUGGCCGACUCUGGGGUUGCAGCGCUCAUCUCGCUUUAUUGGCUGAGGGAGCUGGCGUACAGCUUCCGGGUCAUGUGGCAGCAUGACUAAGCCGCUUCUGGCAAACCAGAGCAGUGCAUGGAAACGCUGUUUACCUUCCCGCCGGAGCGGUACCUAUUUACCGGUAUCUACUUGCACUUUGAUGUGCUUUCAAACUGCUAGGUUGGCAGGAGCUGGGACCAAGCAACAGGAGCUCACCCUGUUGUGGGGAUUCGAACUGCCGGCCUUCUGAUUGGCCCCCUUACAACUGGACAAACUGGAUAGAAAUGGGACAACUAAUUUGUGAAGCCCAUAUAACUUGUCCCCUCUGGAGCUGUUGGUAGAUCACGUUUAAUGUGUGUGUGGUUUUUUUUAAUGCUGUUUUCUGCAGUGUUUCCUGGGAGUGGCUUAUUCCCUGCUGGCCUGUGCCUUGUGGCCUAUGGUAGCUUUCGUUGUCCCUGAACACCAGCUCGGAACUGCUUAUGGCUUGUGAGUAAUAGAUAUUUGAAUCUCGAUACUUUGGAGUAAGGAUUUGUCUUUUAAACUUUGGGAUUAAUAGCACGAUACCGACUUGUUCUCAUAAAGCACAUCCUUUCACUGCAGGUCAUUUAGGAAUUUCAUUAAGACAGUGGUUCUCAAAGGAUGUGGCAGGAAGAUUCAAGGGCAAUCUGUAUUAUAUUAUGGGAAUAAUUCAUGUUCUUAUGUAGCUGGGGUGUUUUAUACUUUAUAAUAUGUCCCAUGAUCAUAUUGGAAAGUAGUUGUGUUCUAUGUUAUGAAUCAAGCACUGCCAGGAGUUGUUUGCCAAUGUAUUUUUUAUCAUUUAAAAAAUGGGUGUGGCACCAGCAAGUUUUUGUACUGAAAGGGUGGCCCAGAGAAACCACUGCUUUAAGAUGUCUUUCACUGCACCUGGUUCACCAGUUCAAAAACAUCGAAACUUAUUUUCUUGGAUUCAGUCUUGGGAACGGAAGACUUGAUUUUUGAAACUGGGGCUGCUCAAUGGAUUUUCUUGGCCUGAUGCAAAACCAGUGUCCAGGGCCUUGCCCUGUUUUACAGGCCUGACUCCAGGUAUAUCGCUUUCAGCUUGGAAGAAUGGAAACCUAGCCAUCUGAGCUAGCGUGUGUGUGUACCAGAUAGCAGGUGUCCAUGUAUGUCAGAUCUUGAACACGUUUUAUACCUUCCUCUCAUAUGGGCCACCUUGAGAGUAUAUUCCUGCCAGCCUGUCUAGGUCAGGUUGUGGGGCUGUUAUGAGUGUGUCUCCCUGGAAGUGGCGUUGCUUUGGAAGGCAAAUUAACCCGCCACUUUUUAUUUUAUUUUACCAGCUAUAUCUCAUUGUUUAAUAGAUGCAUAUGGAUUUUUAUUUGCUCAUCUGUCAGCUCGUUUGGAUUUUAUGAGCAAGUGGGGGCAAUAUCUUUCAAUUGGUUUCUUUUUAUUAGUUGAAAAACUGAGCUUUGUAAGCUAAUCGCCUUAAUGCUUUUCAGCAUGCAGUCAAUUCAGAACUUGGGCCUGGCCAUCAUUGCCAUCGCAGCUGGCAUGAUCCUGGAUUCCCGGGGCUACCUCUUCCUAGAAAUCUUCUUCAGUGCUUGUUUGUGCUGUAAGUACAGUCAUACCUCGGGUUACAGACGCUUCAGGUUGCGUUUUUUCAGGUUGUAGGCCGCCGAAACCCAGAAGUACUGGAACAGGUUACUUCCGGGUUUCGGCGGUCACACAUGCGCAGAAGCGCUAAAUCGUGCUUUGCGCAUGCGCAGAAGUGCCAAAUCGCAACCCGCGUGGGCGCAGACAUGGGUUGCGAACGCUGCGGGUUGUGAACGUGCAUCCCGCACGGAUCACGUUUGCAACCGGAGCGUCAACUGUAUGAUGACAUCUUGUUGGAAUAGCUAAUAAUUCACAUGAAGCUAUUGCUCAAAAAGAACGAUGCCGAACCACGUGGUGGGUUCUGUGCUAGGCCCACAAUGUUCCUCUCUCUUCCUAGACAUGCAUAAAGGCCAAUGCACCCUAGUUCACAGGGAUUCUUGAACUUGAGUGAUUUCACGUAGUGAUUGGACCUGUGUGCGUGUCAUGCCCUGGCUGGACUCGAGAGGGGUGGUGGGAGGCAGCAGCUGGGGAACCCCCAAAGGAAGAAGGCUCAGAGCCGGGGGAUGGGUGGUGGGACAAUGAUGAGUGGUCAGAGGGAGAAGAGGGAGCAGACUGGGAAGAGACAGUGUUGGAAGCUGAAGAGUUAACAGAGUUAAUGAGCAGGAAGAGUCUGUGGCAGAGCGAAGUCCAGAAGCAGAAGCAGGAGAGGAAGGAAGCCAAGAGGCAGUGAUCAGGCAGCCUACUGAAGAAUCCAGGGAGUCUCUCCCUCCUGCUGUGAUUAGCUCCCCUUCGCCCUGUUUUCCCAGAACGUGCAGAGGUAUGAAGAGGGCAGAGCAAAGACAGACAAGGCGAAGAAGUCUUGGGUUGCUUGGAAUAGGAUGUUGGGGAGGAGGGGACUUAGGCAGCAGGGACCUUCAGUCCUCGCAGCUUCCUCAUUGGGACAAGGCCUACUGGGAACAGUUGCUGUGCUCGCUAGAUCUGAGCUGUUUUGUGUCUUUGACUAGACAGCUAACUUCACUGACACCUUGUGACUUAUUCCUGACCCGUUCCUGACUCCCGCUUUAACAGUGCGGGCUUAACUGGGGAGCUGCUGUAGGUAAAAGCAGGUGAAGGGGAAAUGCCUAGCUUUGUGAGUGAAAACCCUGAUGUUACUUAUUAGUGACUGGGACCAGUGUAAAUGCAUAAGUGUUUAGUUGGGCUGGCAUCCUGAUCUGAGCCACAAGGGGGUGCUACUGCUCCUCUGGGCUUUGCCGCAGACGUGUUUUGUAUUCAAUUGCCUUGUUUGCAUUUAAAUAUUUGUAUACUGCCCGGACGCUGCUUCCGACCACAGUAUUCUGGCUAUGUCGGGGAAAUUCCAGAUGUCUGGCAAUCCUACUGUAUAGGCAGUUCUCAUCAAAUUUAAAAGGAGGAAACACAAGUCAACAUUACAGUAUCAAACAAUUUAAUCUUAAAAUAAAGGCAGCAAUAAAAAGAUAAAAUGGAGCAGCAAUAAGAAGAUAAAAUUGAGCAACAUUGCAAGUUUAAGAGUCUGAGCCAGCCUCAAAUUAAUCAGUUAAGAGCUGGUGUAAGCAGAUAGGUCUUUAGAAAUAACCAAUGAGGGAGCUAUACACACUUCCCACAUAAUGUUACUUUUUUAUUUAUUUAUGUCCUACCGUUCCUCUCGAAAGAACCCAGGGCAACAGACACAGCAGUGUUAAAAUAUGAAAAAACAAAACAAUACAAAAACUAUUCCAAAAAGCAGUUAAAAACAUUUUCAACCACUGAUCUUGGGCUUGUCAGGAGUCUUUAAGCCAUCAAAUGCCCAAGUAAACAGGAAUGUGUUUAAAUUUCUCCUUAAAUUCAAUAAUGAGGGUGACAGAUGCUCCUCACCCAGGUGAGAGUUCCACAAACAGUGAACUGCCACUGAAAAGUUAUGGUUCGUGGGCUGUUGGGCAGUCCCUAGUGGUGGCACUACCAACAAGUCUCACCUACAAAUUGUAGAGUCUGAGAUGAUAGAUUUAUGGGCUUUAUGUGUCAACACAUAUAUGCUAGACCUAGUAGCUCACUUGCAGUGAGAGCAGUACUUUCAAGACCCACUGCUGUGCUCCACUUGCCAGCCUAGCAGCCACAUUCUGCACUAGCUGCAGCCUCUGGAUUGCAUAAUGUUAUGGGGCCACCACUAAGAAGCCCUUGUCUCUUGUACCUGCUGGCCUGAUAGACGGCUGGUGGGCUGUGAGCAGGGCUUCUCUGUCUCAUAAGGGUUCAAGGAGUCCUUCAUAUAACCUGGCUAUUUGUCUUGAGCCUAUUUAAUCUGCUUUCUUUCUUGAUUUUUGCCUUACCGCACUGAAAACUCACUAUUGAGACUCGCCUGGUUUGUAUACUUGAACUUUAUAUAACUUCUUUUUUGCUUUUUAGUGGGCCUCAUUGCUGUUGUCAUGCUGUACUUUGUGAAUCUCCUCAGGGGUAAGCCUCUUCAUUGUAUUAGUCUUGCGACUAGUAAAUUUCUUUUUUAAAAAAAAAAUAAUAUAUAUUUUUAUUUGUUUUUACCAGUACAAAUUUACAAUCAAACAAUUUAUAUAAUAAUCUCUUGAGAUUCUCUGAGUCUCUUGACUUCCCCCUGUCCCCUACAUGGUUCCUUAUUACAAUGUUUGUAACUACAUAUUAAUCCAUUCUCCAAAUUUCAUUUUUUCAAAUCAUCCAUAGUUUUCAUUACAUUACAAGUGAGUGUUAGAUUCCAAGUAAAGUUUUAAUUUGCUUACAAUGGUCUCCUAAGUAAAUUAUAAAUUUUCCCAUUCUUUUUCAAAAUUCUGGUCUUCUUGAUUCCCGAGUCUUCAAGUUAGUUUUGCCGUGUCGGCGUAGUCCAGCAGCUUGGCUUGUCAUUCUUCCCUAGAUGGGAUUAUUUCUUCCUUCCAUCUUUGGGCUAAUAGCAUCCUUGCAGCUGUUGUCACAUAGCAACUCUGUCAGAACCAGCAGAGGUGGAGCAGAGAUGGACAAGAUGUCAAAAGUCUCCAAUUGCUUGGGAAAACCUUGAAGAGGAGGGAACUGUAGGAAGGCAGGGACCUUCAGUCCUCACAACUGUCUCAUUGGGGCAGGAUCUUCUGGGAAGGGGUGCUGGGCUCUCUGGGCCUGAUCUGUUGUAUUUCUUUGACUAAGGAGUUGAUUCUCUGACAAGAAUUAUCUGUGAAUUUUUGCUGACCUGCUCCUAACUCCCACCCUGACAUGGGGCGGGCCCAAAUCUGCCUUUUAUUCUUCAUUUCUAAAGAGAAGGCAGAGGAAUGUUAUUUCCUGAUCUUGGCACUGAACCCCACAGUACUUGGUAUGGGAGCACUUCAGGGGAGAGUUCCUUUUGUCUAGAGCUGCUUCUGUCUUCUUACUUCCUAUAACCUUCUAGAUUUUUCAUGUAGCACACAAUACUUACACCAAGUGAACUGUGGUAAAUACUUUAACGGCCCUCAUGGUGUUGUACCCACAAUAUACAUGGAUUGUGACUGUUUGUAAAAACAUCCAUGCACUCUGUUAAAAGACAUGCAUAUAUCUUUUCUGUCGUAGGAGGUGACCUUAACUGGUCUGCAAAGAAAAGGGAAAAACUACAGAAACUAGCUGUGGCUGAGUAAGUAUGUCACUGUGUUUCUAGCCUAGAGUAUGCAUUGAUGUAUUACAAAACAAUCAAGACUACAGGGGCAGAUUGGUUUGGAAACACAAAACAGUGUAGCGCCAGAGAUCCAGGAACGGAUAUGGUAAACUUGAAUGAAUGAGGCAGAAGUAUUCUUCAGCAGUGGGACAACUCUCAUUCAUGUCUUGUUGGAGAUAGCUUAAAGCAGGCCAUUAAAAAAUCAGUGCUGUGGUUCACUUUUAUAUGGCGCAAUGUGUUUUGCCAACAAAUAACUUCUGUGUUUGAAAGGCGCAUAGGGUAAAAUAGUAAUUGUUGCAACAUGUUAAAAGUUGCCUGGUGUGUGGUGUUUAAAUAUAGUCUCGAAGCAAGCAGUUUAUGCAGCUUAAAAAUGAGAUUUUUUAAAAAAGCACUUGUUUAGCGUUUUCACAGUGCUGAAAAAAAAAAUGACAUUUUUGUCUCUUGAAACAUUAGCAAGUGCUCGCUGGGCUUUGGGAAGGUGAUGGAGCGCUCUGGGAUAAGCAGCCCUCCACCUUGCCUGGGGGCUGCUUCUGGGGGGCCCUCCUGGCUUUACACAUUUUUGCAUAUAUGCCUAGAACCCCAGAACACAACCCGAGUUAUCUGUAUGUUGCUGUGAUCAGACUGCUACUUGCUGCAGAGCAAAAUUCCCAGUGUACACCAUGUGGAGAUUGCUUUGUAUGUAAGAUGUAAGCUGGAAACUCACUCACUCUCAAACGACAGAUGCAGCGAGGGUCCUUCAUUCCUGGCUAGAAAAACUGAGCUUUCAUUAGCCAAAUUUCCAGAGUAGUUUCGGAAAAUAUUUCCAUUACUUACGUUAACAAAAGUUAUUCAGUGUUUUGAUAUAUAUUCAUAGUCAAGUUGAUAUUGUUCUAAAUAAUAAAUUACAAAGGAAGCAUCUGUAAAUCAACCAUUAAUAAAUCAUUUAUUACUGAAUCAAGUAAAAAGCAAAUAAUUUUAAAUGAAAUUGAACAAGGGAUAUGAUUGAGUGUUACCUUAACUUGGCAGGGAUUGGCCACCAAUCCAGUAGGCUUUGGUUCUCUUUUCAGUCACCUGAUAGGUGGUUCCCUUGUCAGUGCACAAUUAGGAAUACACCUUAAGGUUCCUGACUGUUCACUGGCGGUAUUACUUGCCCUUCACAUGACAUCACAGGUAGUGUGUAUGUUUGGAGAGAAACUGGAACCCAAAUUUAGAACCCUUGGAGGUUGGAUGUUCCCCACCCCUGUUCUAGAUGAGAAGUUCAUUUGGGAUGCUGGAUUCUUGGGCCUCACUGCCAUUCCAACUAAACUGUGACAGCAAUACGUAAAAGAUUUGACACUCUGUAAGAGAAGACCUGUGAAUUCUAAGCUCUCGGGGAAGUGUGUUGGUAACUGAAUGACAGCUGGGAAUUUCUGAGGAAGCCCAGGGUUCCUCAGAACAGAAUUUGAAAUUAAAAGAAAUUAAACUCUACAUAGAGGUCACUCUAGAUGUGCCAGAAUUGCCAUAUGAAAAUCAUUUCCUUGUAGGAAAAUAGCCUGGCGAUAACCUUGAGAAGAAAGCAGAUGAUGCCAAAAUGCCGUGAUGCACAUGGUUAUAAUUCUCCGUGUUUAUCCUCCCAUUAAUAGCUAUAGGUGAAAUGUGUAGGAGCACUAAACUGAGAUAACAUAACUUCACAUAAAGAAGGAGGAGUCCUGUGUUUGUUCAAAUAUAUUCCCCUGGAAGGUGCUUUACAAAGCAAAGAUGCUGGUGAAAUCAGCAGGUCAUUGCAAAUAUUUCCUUUGAGGGGGAGGCCAGUUUGCUUUCGUGAAAAUAUCUAGAUGCAGGUCUUGCAACAUGAAGGGACCAGUGUGAUUAGUGGCAGAGUGUUGGGCUGUGGAAAACUAGGGUUUAAAUUGCUAGUCAGCCACAGACCUCACAGGGUAAUGUUGGGCUUUCCUCUCAGUCUAUCAUAUUUCACAAGGUGGUUGUGAACUUACAAGUAGGGGGAAGAGGGAAGGAGCAAUUUAUAUGCCUCCGUGAACUUCCUGGGUGAAAGUUGGGAUAUAAUCAUAGUACAGUCAUACCUCAUCUUGCGUUCCGCUCUUGUUAUGGACUUUCAGCUUACAAAUCCAGAAGUGUUUACUUCUGGGUUUGCCGCCCGUGCAUGCGCGGAAGCGAUCUUCAUGCACUCACAGAAGCACUCGAUCGUGCCGUGCACAUGCACAGAAGAGGCACUCUAGUUGCGGACUUUUCGGGGUGCGAAUGGCACCCCGAAACGAAUGACCAUAUAUGCUUGAGUAUAAGCCAACCCGAAUAUAAGCUGAGGCAUCUAAUUUUAGGACAAAAAACUAAAGGGUUCCUUUCUCGCCACUCGUCCCUCCGCCGCGACCCGCCGCACUCGAGUAUAAGCCGAGGGAGGCUUUUUCAGCAUAAAAAAUAUGCUGAAAAACUCGGCUUAUACUCGAGUAUAUACGGUAAGUCCGCAACUAGAGGUACCACUGUAAAUAAAGCAUUUGCCAUAUACAAGAGCUGCUUCUGGUGUCCUCAGAAUCUCAAAAAUACUUGCAAUUUGUCUGCUGGACAAGAUUUGAAAUGUGUGGGAAAGACACUCUUACACUUGGCACUUUCAAAUGACGGGAACCUUGUCUUUUACUUUUGUACAAGUCUAUUCGACAUUGCAAGCAGAACCUCAAAAUUCAUGCCAACCAUUUCCUCAGCUGUUGAAAGCGAGCUUUUCUUAAAUGUUUCCCUAUUGAAGACUGUGCCUUUUUGUUUUCAUAUUUCUUGCGAAUAUUUUGAAAAUGGUUAGGGGUGCAAAAAAUGUGUUCUGUAUAUUUCCAGCCCCAGCCAGCCUAAUGAAUUAGCCACAGCAGAGGUUCUGCAGAGAGAAGCUGAAGCCUCAUUUAGCACUUUCAAAGGAGUAAUAGCUAAAUGCAAAAAGGUAUUAAAGUCCGUAAUAAUGUGUCACCCCACCACCGCUUUCUAUACUGGAAUAGCUUUACUGUUUUACAUGCUUUUUUAACUGUAUGAUUUAAUUGCCACCUGCCAUGGGAGCUUAUGGCGAAGGGCAGGCAAUAAAUUGGAUGUAUAAAGUUAAAUGCACCAACUGCACCUCUUGCACCAACUCCCAUUGAAAUGAAUGGUUGGCGUAUGAGAGCACACAGUUCUCCCUUCAUGCUUCCCAUUCAUUUAAGUGAAACAUGUACAGGAAUGUUUCCAACUGCAUUGUUCCCUUAAGCCAGAGUGGACAUCUCAACAUGAAAACAGUUGCUUACUUGUAUCUGAAGCUUUGUCUGGGAAGAACCAGCUCCUUUGUGAUGGAUUCUUAGCCCAUUCUCAGGUGAUAUCUAAAAGCACAGUAUAGCGCCGUGACACUUCUGACAAGCGACAAAGAGCCUGUAAGCAAACUGUUACAAUAACCUUUUGCUAAACUAUUUCUUGCAGAAAAGAAAUCUGAAUAGGAAAUACCUACCGGAAGUGGGGAGCGCUUGAUCAGCAGCUUGGCCAGUCGAAGAGUGGUUUAUUGUGUGUGUGUGGCGAAACUUUGAUGCCUAGCGCUUGGACAAAGUAGUUGGAAAACUUAACUAACUUGCAUAGAACUUUUUCGAGACCUGGACUUGUGUAAAUUGUCAAACUUGCUUCUUUGUCAAAGCACUUUGACCACAGUUGGAGCAAAAACUCGUGUAUUUGGUGUAUCUACACAUCGCUGAAGAGACGGUUGCUGUUGAACUGAAGUUGUCUUCCAACUUGUUGGAGCAGAUCUUUUGGUUUAUGGGCUGCAGUUUUUAAACUUUCUAUUGUGGAACGACGAUGGUUUGCCUACUAAUAAUGGCACCUUGUUACUCCAUUACUGUCACUUGUGUUCUGAAGGGGUGAUUGCCUUACUAAAUGUGGUAUUAAUCUUCAGUUUCUUAUUUGAAAUUCUGGUUUCAUAAUAAAAAAACAAACAUGGUAAUGACUUGCAAGGAUCAUGAAAUCUUUGUGUGGUGGUAGACUGAUUUGGAUAAGUUCUGCAAAAGCAAAUACAAUGUCAUUUGAGAGAAACAAAUCUGGAUGGAUUUUCUAUCAGGCUGCUAGGCAGGCUGUCUUGGUUAGGGGCAUUUGUCCCUGCUUUUGUACUGGAAUUGUAUUUGUUUUAAAGCAUUUUUGUUGUUAAAGGCAAAGCUUAAAACUUGACCGACUGUGUCAAAACUUGCACUUUGCACUCAAUUUUUCGACCUUUAUAAAUAAAUAAAUGAAGAUAGUGUCUGUCUUUACUGCCUGUCAAAUUGGUAUGACUUACUCUGCCUCCAUUUAUCUGGCAGCUGCACUUAACUGUAACCCUGAUCUCGGUAUAACGUGCAACGAAACUUCUGGGCACAUUUGUGUUAAUAGCAGUUCCCUUUUUUUUACAGAGCAAAAAGACGGGAAAAAAUCAGACGUCAGAAUGAAGAUGACUUAGCCAAAUUGCAACCAAAGAAUGACUUUAGUUUGAGGAAUAGGUAUCUCUCCAGAUUAGGUGCUCAGGUACUGAUAACCAAAAUAUUUCUUUUUAAAAGAUUGCAAUAUGUAUUGCUCUAGAUAAGGAUAUCUUACCAAACCACCUUUUGCACUAAAUACUAGCCCAAUAGAGCAAGUCAACAAAAUGUAUAGUUGGUGGCAAAUCAUAUUAUUUGCAUUCAGAAAAUCUCAGUUAAAUGGACUUCUGGUAGCUAGGGCCACGUAAAAACUUUUGGUGACACAUUGGAUUUGGCUUGUCAAAGUAGACUGUACAGAUCAACUUUGUAUGCUCAGCGUAAUGAAGUACAGUCAUACCUCGGCUCCCGAACACCUUGGGAGUCAAACGUUUCAGCUCCUGAACAAUCGAAAACUAGAAGUGAGUGUUCCAGUUUUCGAAUGUUCUUUCGGAUGCUGAACGUCCGAUGGGGCUUCCGAUUGGCUGCAGGAGCUUCCUGCAGCCAAUCAGAAGCCGCACUUUGGAAACUGAACAUUUCAGAAAUCGAACGGACUUCCGGAACUGAUUCUGUUCGACUUCUGAGGUACGGCUGUAUGAGCACCCAUCCAAUUAUUAUCUCAGGUUCACAGCCUUUAAUGAGAAAUGGUCAUGAACCGUGGCAAUGUCACAUGUAGCUGAUGGGCUCUUUAUAGGACAGAGACAAGGUGUGCUUGAUCCUCUUCACUGUAGUAGCAAAGGACAAAACCAAACAUGAGAUAAGUAAAGAGCUGUGAAUAGACUCCACUGAAAAGCGUCACCUUUAAAGGGGUUUGAAAGAUGCAGCUGUGGCGAAUAUGCCUUCCCAUUGUACAUGCCCAUCGUGGGUUUGCGCUGCGCUUGCCAGGGGGUGAAUAUGCAUGUGUGAACCUGCCCUUCCUUGCUUAAAAAAUAGCUGAUAAGCUGGAAAUACUUGCUGAUGAGAUGCCUUACUCUUUCUUGCUUUUGCAGCUGCCAGACACCUAUGUUUGCCACUUAGCUGCACUGGCACACAGAAGUGUGUUGAAAUAGCAGAAUUGUGUUCAAGAUGUGGAAAUGGCAGUGUGAAAUUUUGUGCAACACAGGACCCCCCUACUCUUCUGUGGAAGAGAGCGGCAAUAUACAGAAUGAAAAGCGGUCAAUAUUAGAUCUUGUGCCAACAAGCAUUUAGCUGACCUCUUGGAAGAUUUUCAAGAUGCUACAUAGAAUUCUAUGCCAAAGUGGGUGGGAUGGAACUAUUUUACUUUUUAAAAAGUUUCCAUGGAUUUACAGCUGUUUGCAGUCACCUGCUUUAGUUAGAACUCAUAUCCACUUACUGUUUUCCUGCACUUCGAAUAGAAUUUCAUAAACAAUAUGAAUUUGGGGCAAAAAACAAAACAAAAUACCUGUUCAGUAUAACCACACUCUGAACUCUCAUAUCUUUUAUCUACAUUCUAGAUUUCUUUUGCUCUUAAGAAGGAAGCAGUGGAGCCUUAAUUCACUAGACUAUUUAUUUCUGUGAAAUUUUAAGCUUUUUAUUGGAAACCUUUUAAACACACUACUACCUUAAAAGUGACUUCUUGAAAAUGUAGGAAUUUUCAUAUUUUGUGUUGGUGAAAAGCAGAAGCAUGACAUUUCCUAUGGAAAUAGCUUAAAAUGUAUUUCUUCUUUAUUAAGGUAAUGGUAGCAAUAAAAUGGUAGAACUUGCUGUUGCAGUUUGCUGCAAUAAGAAAAGCCAUUUGUUGUGGCCAUAAAUGAAAUGGAUUAAAAUUCCAGGAGGAGACGGGCCUCAGGGUCAUCUUCAGGCUUCUAUCGCUGCAGAAAUGUUUUAAUAUGAAGCUGUUAAUAGUUAAAUAUUGCAUUACUAGCAAUGCAGUCAUCAGUUGGUUAACACUGGAUGUUACCGGUGGUUAUAUAAGCUGGUGCACCUUUCAACUUGAAUGUUGAUCCCAAGAUAGUACAAUGGUAUCUUGGUACUCGAAUGGCUUGGCUCCUGAACAAAUCUCCCGAACCCCGCAAACCUGGAAGUGAGUGAGCGUUCUGGUUUGCAAAAGUUUUUUGGAAGCCGAACGUCCUACACAGCUUCUGCAGCUUCCAGUUGCAUGCAGGAAGCUCCUGCAGCCAAUCGGAAGCUGCGUCUUGGUUUUCAAAUGGUUUCGGGAGUCGAACGGACUCCUGGAACGAACUAAGUUUGAGAACCAAGGUACCACUGUACACAAAUGUACUGUGUGGAAUCUCUUCGGCUACAAUCCUUUACAUACUUAACUGGGAGCAUAUCCCAUUGAAUCUGGUAGAAAUUCCUUUAGGUUGGCAUGCAUGCAAUUGUACUGUUCAUUUUCCAUUAUCUGACAGUUUAAUGUUGCCUAAGCUAUAACAAAGGGGCUGGCGGGUGGCGCUGUGCUCUAAACCACUGAGCCUAGGGCUUGCCGAUCAGAAGGUCGGCGGUUUGAAUCCCCGCAAGGGGUGAGCUCCCGUUGCUUGGUCCCAGCUCCUGCCAACCUUAGCAGUUCGAAAGCACGUCAAAGUGCAAGUAGAUAAAUAGGUACCGCUCCACUGUUUCUGUGUGCUGCUCUGGUUUCACCAGAAGUGGCUUAGUCAUGCUGGCCAUAUGACCCAGAAAAACUGUCUGCUACAAACGUCCGCUCCCUCAGCCAGUAAAGCGAGAUGAGCACCGCAACCCCAGAGUCAUUCGCGACUGGACUUAACUGUCGGGGGUCCUUUACCUUUAAGCUAUAACAAGCAGUAUCUACACAGUCUUGGAAACUCUGCUGAAGGCUCUGGAACACAGUUCUCUUUACUCAAGCACAAGACUUAUUUUUAGAACACACUAUACCUGAACAUUGAUGACCUAAAAAAAAAGUCGUAUACUCCCAAGUCAAUUGGAUGCAUUUCUUUUACUACUUAUUUCAUGAGGAAUAAUAAUAAAAUAUUUUAGAGGAAAAUGUAAAUUCUAAAUGGAUGGCUUAUUUGUAAUUGUAAUUAUUCCCCCUUCUUGCUAAUAAAGCCAAAUAAACACAA